ACACAUUUGUGGGCAGUUCCACAAGAAAAGCUUUGAUGGGUAAUGGAGGGACUUCCGCCUACUCGGCAAAUCUGCUGCUUGUUUCAUGUUCUGAUUUCUGACAUAACAGCGUGAACUUUUAAGUUUUCCAGUGGCCAUCUGGAGCAGUUGAGGUGUCUCUGAGUGUAGAGUUAUUUUUGCAGAGCAGUGUGUGGGGGGGGGGGGGGGAGUGGCAGGACUUACUGCUGAUGGAUCCACUUGAUUUUCUGGAGUCUGAUGAACUGUUGCGGUUUUUCCACUGUCACAAAACCGAAAUGUCAUGCAUGGAGAAUCCGCACACCUUUCUCAGCCAGCUGCGGGAUUACAACCUUAUCCCGGAAGACAGAUACAAGAAAGUGAGUCGUAUGAAGAGCAAAGACAACAUGAAGAAAGGCCUUUAUGGAAUUCUGGACUGGUUGGAAAAAGAGCGAUCACAGCACAUCCAAGUUUUCUGGAGGUGUGUCUUCAAGGAGACCAUCAUGAACCAGUACCCCACCCUGCGACUGCUACGCAAGAGCCUCAUGGAUGGAUCCUUCCAUUUUGACACACAACUGCCUGAGAACGUGGAAAAGGAAGAGACAAACAAAAGGAAAAGGAAGGAGCCUUCAGAAGAUGAGGAGGGAGAAGAGAAGCAAGCAAGCUCAGUGAAAAAGAAGAGGAAAAGAAAUAUGAGUGUGUGCAAUUCAGAGGAGGAGCAGCCCGGCCCAUCUUCUCAGCUGACUACAGGUCAAAAGAAAAAGUCCAAGAAAAUAUGCUUCUGGCAGAAGAAGAGUUUCUUAUUGGAACAAAGGAGUCAAAAUGCCUUUUUUCCAGCUUCUCCGCUGAAGAAGGGAGAGAAGAGCGAAAUUUGGACCUGGGCCAUCUAUAAGUCUCAGCUGCCUGUGACCUGUGGAGUUCAGAAGGGGAUGCUGAACAAAGACAGACUGGCUAAAGGGGAGAAGUGCAUUCUGGUUGAGAAACAGUGGAUCACUCCCAAUGAAUUUGAGAGACUUGCAGGGAAGAAGAACUGCAAGAACUGGAAGUUGAGCAUCAAAUGUAUGGACACCCCCCUAAUAAAACUUAUUCAGGAAGGGCACCUGAAAUCAGUGCGCUACAAAGGAGGGAGUAAAAAGGCCAAGAAAUCACUGUUCCCAUCUGAAACUUCUAUCCCAGUGUCUGAUGAGGAAAAGGAUGAAGACCAGGAAGACCAGGAGUCAUCAAGUGAGAGAGAAAGUUCCCCAGAUGUCACAGAUGAAGAAGAAGAGCAGCCAGAAUCCAGUCAUAACAGUGGUGAGACGGUGUUCAAAGUGACAUGCGGCACUAUAGCUGGGACGUUACACAAAAAACGAUUUGCAUCAGGGCGUUGUGGGAAGAGUAUCCGUAUCGAGACGAGCUGGAUGAGCCCAGAGGAGUUUGUGAAGGAGGCAUCAACACAGACAGACACCUCCUGGAGGAAAGACAUCCUGUGGGAAGGCAAACCACUUAGUGUCCUCAUAGAGGCAGAAAUCUUGAAAAUCCACUCGCUGCUGUGUACUUGCAAACUGUGCAGUCCAGAUCAUGAUGAACUGGAGAAUGAGAAAAACGAUGAUGAGUGUUUUAUCUGUAAAAGUGAAGAAGAAGAAAAGCUGGUGGUGUGUGAUCACUGCCCUCGCUCCUUCCACCAGAAAUGUCACCUGCCUCAUGUGGAAGACACCGUUUUAGGGGACGAUAGACCAUGGAUGUGUACAUUCUGUGUAUUCAGAAUGACUCAACAGUGGCGUUACGCCGAUGAGUUGGAAAGGACAGCAGCCAUGUCCCACCAAAUAUCCCGACACAUGCUGGAAUGCCAGUAUAUCCUCCUCUGUCUGCACAGCGCUGAUGAGAGACAAGUAUUUGCUACAAACCCAAGCCUCUAUUUGAGAGACUACACCACUGUGAUCAAGACUCCAAUGUGGCUGGGCAAUGUAGCAGACAAACUUCAGAAGAACCACUACCAGACUGUUGGAGAAUUUGUGUCCGACGUCCAGCUCAUUUUCACCAACUGUGCCUCAUAUAACAAAGGUAAUGCUGAAUUCCUCGCCAUGGGAGUCAGACUGAAGGAGCUAUUUGACGUGGAAUUUAAGAAUGCAUUCAACAUCCAUGAAAACGCAACCUGAUAAACAGUCUUCAGUUAUAUGACUCACCAUACUGAUAUUGGGAAAUUGUUCUAAAUGUAAACAGUAGGAACAGUAGUAGGAAGUAGCCAUAUGAUCAUUUGUUUCGAACAUACCCUUUGUAUCUAGUUAUAAAUAACUCAAAAGCAAGAAUUGCUAAUCAAUACAAGGAAAGGGACUUAUAUUUGAAUAUGGAGACAUCAUAACAAUUAAGUUUUUUAUAUAGCACUUUCCAAAACAAGUCAUUACAAAGGGCUUUACAAGACAGACAUCAAAAGAACAAAGGAUAGAAUACAAUGCCAGACACACACAUUCCCACAUACAGUGCAUAUCAUACAAUAUAAAUAAAGAUUAUAAGAAAACCUUACAAUAAAAGUGAGUUUUUAGAAAUGACUUAAAAGAAGACACUGAAUUUGCAAGUCUGAGAUUCUCUGGCAGGUCAUUCCAUAAUAAUGGUUCCCUGACAGAAAAAGCGCUGUGUCCUUUAGUCCUCACCCUUGCAUUAGGCACAGCUAGGAGGUUCCUGCCUGAGGACCUCAAACUGCAUGCAAGUUGAUAAGUGGAGAGUAGCUAAGAGAUGUAAUCUGGGGACAGGCCAUGACGUGCUUUAAAAUUAAUGAGUAGGAUCUCAAAAUAAGUUCUAAAACCAACUGGCAGCCAGUGUAAGGACAUUAAAAGAAGAGUAAUAUGUUCUCUUUUCUUGGUCUAUCUUAGAGGUCUGGCCACUGCAUUUUGUACAAUUUUGUACGAGGCUAGAGUUGAAUAUCACACCGAGGUUUCUGCAGAGGGCUUAAGAUAUUUACAGAAUGGACAAAGUGAUGGUCAGAGCCAAUGAAUUUCUGUUUUGUCAGAAUUCAGUUGCAGAAAGUUUGCAGACAUCCAAUAUUCUAUAUCUGCUCAACAGUUUCUUAAAGUGGAAAUGCUAGUGGGAUUCUCAGGCUUCACCGGUAUAUACAUCUGUGUGUCAUCUGCAUAAAAGUGGAAUGGGAUAUCAUGCCUGCGAAUAAUGUAACCAAGUGGGAGCAUAUACAAUUAGAACAACACUGGUCCAAGGAUGGACUCUAAAAUUUACAGAGGUAGAAGGUGUAAUAUUUUCACCAGUUGGAACAAAACAGCUUAUGUUGGAUGAGUAGGAGAUAAACCACUUCAAGGCUGUCCCAGAUAUGCCAACCCAUUGCUGGAGUCUUUCAGUCAGUAUACUGUGGUCAACUGUGUUAAAGGCUGCAGACAAAUCCAACAAUAUGAGGAUGGAGCAUUCACCUUUGUCAGCAAUGCUUAAUGGAUCAUUUGUUACCCUAAUAAGCACGGUCUCAGUGCUGUGGUGCUGCCUAAAGCAAAAAUUGGUCUUUAGUUGUUUUUAGUUUUCAUCCAGUUUAACUUGCGUACUUUUUGACAUGCAAAAUUUAUUUAGAAAAAUUAGUAUUAAGAUAUAGAGGAUGUACUCUAUGAAAGUGUGACCUCAUUUCUUUCUUACUCUACAACCCAAGACUUUUUUUACAUUUUAAAAUUUAUAAUCUUUAGGCAACAAUAUCUUUCUCACUUUGCACUGCUCCUUCUGGAGCCACAAAAAGGCUUCAUAAAACUUUUUUCACAUAUGCAGUGGUACUCCCCAAGACUUGUAAACAAAUGCAAAACCAGUGGAGUUUCUCCUUUAAGUUACUUUUACAAAUACUGUAGUUUGAAGUACAGUUUAUAUACAGUAUAUCCAAUGUUACUGUCAUGUGUCAUCAACAGUGUACAUUUCAGUUUGAUCACAUGGAACACAUUUCAAUAUAAUGUAAAAAAGUGCUAGAAUGUAUUUGAAAAGGUAAUGUCUGUUGUUUAGUUUGUCUACGCACUAAUGAUAGUUUUUCUUUAAUGAUGUAACAAGUAUCUAACAAACAAAAAUAACCACAGGUUUAAUAUUUCAGUGUUUUCCUUCAGUCCCUUGUAUGACAGAGGCAUUGCAUUUUAAAUUAAAAAUAAGAUUAAUAUUUGUAAAUUUUGUAAAAAAAAAGUGCUU